AUGGCUGUUAUAUCUUGCAUUCUGCGGUGCUACAUUCGUUUCAUUAGAAAGGUCAAUGACAAGAAGGGCAUGGAGGGUCAAGAAGAGACAAGAAAAGCUUUUGAUUUUAUGCUUAACUGUGUUGGAGCAGACAUAGCAUCUGGCCCUGUGUGGAUGGAGUACAUAGCCUUUUUAAAAUCAUUGCCGGCUAUAAAUGGUCAAGAAGAGUCACACCGGAUGACUACUGUGAGGAAAGUCUAUCAGAAGGCUAUUGUUACUCCUACACAUCACAUUGAACAACUUUGGAAGGACUAUGAAAACUUUGAAAAUUCUGUUAGUCGUCAGUUGGCUAAAGGACUAAUAUCUGAAUAUCAACCGAAAUAUAAUAGUGCUAGGGCAGUUUACCGUGAAAGGAAGAAGUAUGUUGAUGAAAUUGAUUGGAAUAUGCUUGCUGAAGAAAUGCAGUGGAUAGCAUGGAAGAGACUAUUAUCUUUUGAAAAGUAA